ACUUUGCGUCAAGGCUUCGGCUUUGCUUCAUUACAAAUACAUUACAGAUUUGCCAUGGCAGUUACGGUGUCCGGCACCGACAGCUCAGCUUAGCCUGCCGGCAAACGUACUAGACACCGAAUGAAACCCGGCACACGCGAUGUUAUCCACCUCCACCCUCACACCUGCAAAUCCUCAUCAGCCCACCUCACCCUCUUCACCAAACCUGGCCUUGCGCUAUCCUCCCGCGUCUUCCUCUUCCCCACCAACAUCCCAGGCCCAUCCACCUCCCCCUCUCUUCUCCUAAUCCCCUUCCAGCGCUCAACCCACGCUCCCACGUCCUGCAUCCCAUAUCCGUCCCGGGGCUUCUCGCACCAUGCCAACUCGCUCCGGCCAACGCACAGCGCAGCGAAGAAGUCCUCCGCAUCGCCACGCCACGCCUCCGCCAUGCGGCCACGCACUUCCUCCUUCACCUCGCGGCUCACCCCAAGUCCACAAGCGGCGGGAUGCCUGAGCAUCUCGUCAACCGUCAGAUGCUCGAGCGGCACAUGCAUCGCCCACGCGAGAAAACACUGCUUCGGGAGCGCGACCCCCAGCGUCGCAAUCUCGAACCCCUCCUCCAAGUCAUCCCCCGCUCCCUCUUCGCCCGCCGCGUCCUCCGCGGUGCGGCGCAGUGCGUCCCGUCCCCACCCCUCCACCACCUCUCGCAACGGCUCGACCCAGGCGAACCCAUGGCCCUCCCCGACGCUGUCCAGGAACGCCAGCACGCCAGCGCGCGUGUGCGGUGGCGGUGGUGAAUUGCGUCUGGUAGUACGUCUGGAGGUCGGGACGCCAGCGGGUGAGUUGGGCUUGGCUGGCGGUGCGAGCGCGGAGGGCGUCGUGUGUGCGUUUCGCUUUGGACAGGAUGAGCCGGGUGUCGGGUGUGGCGAGGGCUUCGGCGAGCGGUUUGAUGUCGGUGUCGCACAUGUUGUGGUGUUGUGUAUAUAUGGCCGCGAGUCCGGCUUGCGAAUGCGUGCGUGGAAAUGUGAAGAGAAUAGACUACAGCUGCCUUCCGGCCGGUGUGAAAGAUGGUGGUGGCCCGAACUCUCCACCUUUUUCACACCUGUAGUGAUGCUUCCUCUGCCUGCGCGGAGCUACAGAAUUGUAACACACUGAAACUCGUACAAUUUAAUCUUACACGGACAGUGUGUCCUUAGAUUCGUUAGAGCCUCCUGGUGACUCGAACUGCUUUUCCUCAGUCCUGGCCAUCGUCCCGCUGACUGGGUUCAUCGACGAGCUGAGAUCGAGGUUACGGUUCACUGCAUCACUCGACAGGACGUGUGCGGCAACCUUGCCUGCAAGAGGCCCGUUGUUAGUAUCGUUCAUGUUGAGCACUUC